GGCCUAGUGUUCGGACAAACUAAACAAAUUUAAUUUCUGACAUAAUAAUCACGAAGGCUAGAACCUUCCACUAGAUUAUUUAACCCACGGGGUACUGCUCGUACAGGUACCGCACAUAUGUACUGCCUACCAAACGGCAGUACCAGAGUACUUGAAAGUCUUCAACCCAGUACACUUGCUGUUUUUUACAUUGGUGGAAACUUUCAGGGAUGGCUUCCUUAUAUACUAGGCCCCUUGCAUUCACUUUUCCAUGCCAAGGACUUGGUGGACGUACUCCAGGCUUGCAAACAAACAAAAAGAUGGUGCCGAGAAAAUGUACAAGGGACGCUGGUUCCGCUAAGAUUUGCGCAAAACUUGAGCUCAAGCCGCCACCAUAUCCAAUGGAUGCUCUGGAGCCACAUAUGAGCCGGGAGACGCUGCAGUACCAUUGGGGAAAGCACCACAGAGCUUAUGUGGAAAACCUGAACAAGCAAAUCGUAGGGACAGAGCUGGAUGGAAUGCCAUUAGAAGACAUAGUAAUUGUUUCUUAUAAUAAUGGUGACAUGCUUCCAGCUUUUAACAAUGCUGCACAGGCCUGGAACCACGAAUUCUUCUGGGAAUCCAUGAAACCAAAUGGUGGAGGAAGGCCAUCUGGUGAACUUUUGCAAUUAAUCGAAAGAGAUUUUGGUUCUUUUGAAAAUUUUCUGCAGGAAUUUAAGUCAGCUGCAGCCACACAGUUUGGUUCUGGUUGGGCUUGGCUUGCUUACAAAGCAAAUAGACUAAAUGUUGACAAUGCCGAAAAUCCUCUUCCAUCAGAAGAGGACAAAAAGCUUGUGGUGGUGAAGAGUCCUAAUGCUGUGAAUCCACUUGUGUGGGAUUAUUUUCCACUCCUUACUAUUGAUGUUUGGGAGCAUGCAUAUUACCUCGAUUUUCAGAAUCGACGACCUGAUUACAUAUCAAUUUUUAUGGACAAGCUUGUAUCGUGGGAAGCUGUCGGCCAUAGGCUGGAAGUAGCAAAGGCUCUUGCAGUUGAGAGACAAAAGGAAGAAGAGAGGAAGAAAAGAGAAGAGGAGGAGAAGACGACGGAUGAUCAAGGUGUGAAGAUGUACGUAGAGAAUGACGGUGAUGACUCGGAGAGCGACUGAAAUUUUUGCAGUUAUCUGCUUAAACUUGUAGUCUGCCAAAGAUAUUAGUGGUUCCGAAGGUUGUGGUGAUGACAGUCUAAAGAGCCAAUCUUUAAAAUCCAAAGAGAAUAAACUAAUGGUUUUGUUUUUUU